AGCAACUUGUUCUCCGACGACUCCAUUCGACAUGCCACUGUUACCUUUUAGCCAUAUUAUCUGCCACCCUACCAAGGAUGUUAUUGUCUUAUCCUUUGGCGAGCACCUACAAGCCGUUGAUGCCAAAAGCGGACUGAUAAUUGCUAGUACUGUCGAAUUGGAGGAACGCGAUUCAAGGGGCUUGCAACCUCAGCCCAUCACCAAUACACCUGAUGCUGCUCAGGAGAACAAGGCUUGUGUGCAGGUCCUUGCUUUCAGUCCGGAUGGCGCAUAUCUGGCAACAGCUGCUGAUGAUAAAAUCUUGAAGAUCUGGGAUACAGAGUCAUGGAAAUGUCUUGGAACAAGAACACUCGUUCGUCGUUCUAAUGCUCUCCAGUUCAGCAAGGAUGGAGCUCACGUUGUCACCGCUGAUAAAUUUGGAGAUGUUUAUAAUAUGGUCCGUGAUCUGCCCGAUGUCAUUCCUAUAAAGACAAGUGAUACCAAAAUCACAGACGAUGGUGAUGAUGACGAUGAUGACGAUGAGGGAGAGCAACCCAUCCUUGGACAUGUCUCCAUGGCAACUGAUCUUGCUUUGACUAAAGAUAACAAGUAUAUCAUUACCUCAGAUCGUGAUGAGCAUAUCCGUGUCAGUCAAUACCCUAAGGGCCACAACAUUGAGACUUAUUGUUUGGGACACACGAGUUUUGUGACCAAAAUUAUGGUCCUACCAGGAACAGAGGAAACUGAAAAGUAUUUGCUUUCUGGAGCUGGCGAUGCCACGAUCCGCGUGUGGGAGUUUCUGAAGGGCAAAGAGAUCCAAACAUUCGAUAUCCGUGAGGCAUUAGGUUUGCCCCCAGCAGAAGAAGAUGCUGAAGAGGAUCUGACAGUCUUCUCGUUUUCCAUCUGUAGUAUCAAGAAGCAUAUUGCUGUCAUCAUGGAAAAAGAGUCUAGAUUAUUGAUCUUGCAGUGGAAUGAGGAAGCAGCCAAGGUUGAGCUGUUCAAGAUCCUAGAGCUCGAGGGAAAGCCAUUAUCUGUUGAAUAUGACCGCUCAGGAAAUUUGUGGACGUCUGUUGUCCCAGAAAAAAGCAAGACCGAUCUCGUCUCCGUGUUCAACAGGGAGUACAUGCAGCAGGAAGAUAUUACAAAAUAUAUCAACGUCUUUGGUUCGAAAACUGUUCAAACUAUUCCAGAUCUGUUCAACACUGAAGAACUGAGAAAACAUACGACUGACUGGCGCGAGUUAAAGAAGGCUCGCGAAGAAAAAGAGGCAGCUCGUUUGGCAGGAGAUCCUGAUGCACCAUUAUCCAAGAAGAGAAGAAAGAACAAAAAUUCCAGAAAGAUUCCUGAAACCACACCAACAACUUCAGCAUAAAUAAAUCUUUUUUUUUC